UUGUUCGUUGAUGUUUUGUUUUUUCCGAUUAUUAGUCAAUUCGUGACACUUCAUGAUGGCUCACCACUUUUUGGUCGAGAAAUCUAUGGUGAAAACGGGAAAUUGGUUACAGAAUUUCUUGGGAUACCAUUUGCAGAACCCCCUGUUGGUCAAUUGCGGUUUCGGAAACCUAAACCGAAGCAACCUUGGCGAACACCUCUAAAUGCAACAAAGAUGCCCCAUGCUUGCAUACAGAGUUUGGAUACAUAUUUUGGGGAUUUUCAAGGAGCAACGAUGUGGAAUAGCAAUGUGCCCACAUCUGAAGAUUGUCUUUACCUCAAUGUAGUUGUUCCGGGAAGAAUCAACCGGAAUACUCAGUUACCAGUUAUGGUUUGGAUAUAUGGAGGAGGAUUUUGGUCAGGAUGUAUAUCACUUGAUGUGUAUGAUCCAAAAAUCCUAACAAGUGAAGAAAAUAUCAUAUACGUAGCUAUGAAUUACCGUGUAAGCGUUUUUGGCUUCUUGUAUAUGGGUCGAGAAGAAGCUCCAGGUAAUAUGGGUCUUUGGGAUCAGCUUCUUGCUCUCAAAUGGAUUCGAAAGAAUAUUGAUUUAUUCGGGGGUGAUCCCAAUCAGGUAACAUUAUUUGGAGAAAGUGCUGGUGCAGCAUCAGUUUCCAUGCACUUAUUAAGCCCAAAAAGUGUUCCAUAUUUUCAACGAGGUAUUAUUCAAAGUGGUAGUGCGACAGCUCCUUGGGCUAUUAAAUCCAGGCAGAUAGCAAUAGCAAGAUCAGUCGCUCUAUAUGAUGAUAUGCGGUGUGGGAAUAUGUCAAAUAAUCCUCAGAAUUGGGAUCUUGAUGAGGUAUUACGUUGUUUGAUGGAUGCUCCCGCAGAAGCAAUCCGUAAUUCGGAAUGGGCUCCUGUAAUGGAAUUUGCUGAUUUUCCUUGGGUACCCGUAGUUGACGGGGAUUUCUUGAUUGAGCAACCAUCAGUUUCAUUGAAACGCGGAAAUUUUAAACUCACUCAAGUGCUAGUUGGUACAAAUCUUGAAGAAGCAAUUUAUUUUAUUGUUUAUCAACUUGGAAACAUUUUUCCACCCAAAGAUUUUUUCAUCAAAAAAGAUUUUGUGACUAAUCGUGAAGAAUGGCUACACAGUAUAUCAAACUUGUUGCCCCGUCAAAUGCUAAAAUCUUCGUUAGCGUUAGCUUCUAUAAUCCACGAGUAUGAACCCGCAGAUUUACCUAUAAAGCCAUCGGAUUGGCUUAAUUCACUCGAUAAGAUGCUUGGAGAUUUGCAAUUUACCUGCAAUAGCAACGAAAUUGCCCUAGCAAAUAGUUUAUAUGGAGGUGAUACAUAUUAUUAUUAUUUUACUCAUCGAGCAAGUCAACAAACAUGGCCCGAAUGGAUGGGUGUUCUACAUGGAUAUGAAAUAAAUUUCAUCUUUGGCGAACCAUUGAAUACUAAAAAAUUCCAUUAUUCAAAAGAAGAACAAGAACUUAGUUUGAGAUUUAUGCGAUACUGGGCAAAUUUUGCACGUACUGGGUAUGUAUGGCCACUUUAUACACAAGUAAGCAUGGAAUACAUGAAUUUAACUGUAGAAUCAGACUAUAAUGCUGGAGCGUCGAGAAUCGGUACUGGGCCAAGACGGAAACAAUGUUCAUUUUGGAAAAAGAUUCUGCCCAAUUUGAUGGCUGCCAUUGAUGAUACGGGUGAUCAAGUGAUGCGUUGGAAGCAAGAAAUGUAUCGCUGGGAAAACGAGUACAUUGUUGAUUGGCAGCUUCACUUUGAGCAAUACAAAAAGUACCAAAUUUAUCGCUUCGCAGAUUCAGAUAAUGGCCAGUGCUGA